UAGCCCCACGAGUGCUGAUGCUUAGGUGCUCCCAACUUAAAACUUCCCCGCUCGAUUCGAUCCAUAUUCUGCAAACCGGCGCAAAGCUCGAUUCGAACCCUUCUCAUGGCUAACGAAGCGUCGAACUCCGCGAAGCAUCUCGCCUCUUCGAUCCCGUCCCCCGUGAGGGUGGUGCUGCGGGUGCGCCCCUUUCUACCUUCGGAGAUCGACUCCAACGGCGAGUGCUCGAUCCCCUGCGUUAACCUCCUCGAGUCCGAUCGCGGCGUCGGCGAGGAAGUCACCGUGCACCUGAAAGAUCAAUGGACCAGCCGGAGCGAAUGCUACAAGUUGGACUCCUUCUUCGGCCAAGGCGAUCGCGUCGGCCAGAUCUUCCAGCAGGAGGUCAGCGCCGUGAUCCCGGGUGUCCUCCGAGGGUUGAACGCGACGGUCUUCGCCUACGGUGCCACCGGGAGCGGGAAGACCUACACGAUGCAGGGCGCAGAGGGCGAACCAGGGAUGAUUACAUUAGCGAUUUCGGCCGUCUUGUCCUCAUGCGAGAACACGGAGGACUGUUCCGUGGAGAUAUCGUUCUUCGAGAUCUACAUGGACCGAUGUUAUGACUUGUUGGAGCCAAAGGCGAAGGAGAUCAUCGCUAUGGAUGAUAAGGACGGAAGAGUCCGGCUCAAGGGACUCUCCUGGGCUCAGAUACGCUCGAUGGAUGAGUUCCAUGAAGUGUUCGACACCGGUGUUCAGAGGAGAAAGGUUGCACGGACGGGCCUCAACGAUGUCUCGAGUAGGAGCCACGCAGUGCUUGCGAUCGCUGUCACGAAUGGUGCCGUCAAAGGGAAGCUAAAUCUCAUAGACUUGGCAGGUAACGAAGAUAAUAGGAGAACCUGUAACGAGGGAAUCCGCCUCCAGGAGAGCGCAAAGAUCAAUCAGUCCUUGUUCGCCUUGUCGAAUGUAAUUUAUGCUCUCAACAACAACCAGCCACGGAUUCCGUACCGAGAGAGCAAAUUGACCCGGAUACUGCAGGAUUCGCUGGGAGGGACGAGUCGUGCUUUGAUGAUAGCAUGUCUUAAUCCUGCCUCAUACCAAGAGGCUGUCCACACAGUUAGUUUGGCUGCUCGAAGUAGAAAAGUCGUGAAUUAUGUUGGUCUGGCAAGCAAGAAAGAGACUCCGAAGGUGAAAGUUGACAUGGAGGCGAAGCUACGAGCUUGGCUUGAUUCGAAGGGAAAGACAAAAAGUGUUCAGAGAAUGCUAGGACCUUGUCGGACAUUUGUGUCCAAACCCCCGUCCUCCACAAUCCAUUCAAAGAAAGAAGGAUCAAUAUGUUCUUCUGCAAAAGAUGUCUCAAAAACCAAGGGGAGAAGACUAUUUGAUUCGGAGGCUCCAGCUUCAACUAGUAUGCAGGAAUCAAUAACAUCGAGUGAUACUACUUCCAAGGAUCAAUUACUUCUAAGUGAAAAUCUACAUCCAUGUGAAGAAGAUAUACUAGCCUGGUGUGAUAUUAGGCAGGAUGACUCUGCAAUCAUUUUCAAGGAAGAGGCAUGUCAAGACCACGAGCAAACUUUGUCAAACAAGAUUCAGUUAAACCUCUCUCAGCAUGGGACACCUGGACCAUACAUGACUUCUCAAGAUAUCAGCAUUCAGGUUCUGCCGGUCCGUGACAAAACCAGAUCUGACCACUAUGUUGCUGAAAUCAAUUCCUUGAAGACAUCAAAUUUACUAGACACACCCUUUAACAAAGAGAAUGUGCUCCUCACUCCUACGGACUGCAUGGGAUCACCGGCAGCCACUGAAAGGAUUAAAGAAGUUCAUAACUCUUUAAGAAAAGUUCUCUCACCAUUGUCUUCAAAUACGACUUCAAUUAGCAAGUUGUCAGAUGACUGCAAGAAUCUUAUUUUAUUAGAUCCAAAAACUCCUAACACAAAUUAUAGCAAGGAUGAUUUCAGAAUGAAUGACACUCCACUUGAUAAAUUCAAAGUAUCCAGCUCAAACUUGAAGGAGACUCUUGUUCAAGAGUAUUUAACAUUCUUGAAUAUUGCUAGCAAAGAGGAGCUACUGCAAUUAAAGGGUAUUGGUCAAAAAAGAGCAGAAUACAUACUUGAUCUGCGAGAAGAAACACCCAAUCCAAUGAAAUCAUUGUCUGACCUGGAGAAGAUAGGCCUGUCUUCAAAGCAGGUGCAUGACAUGUUCAGAAGGACAGCCAGAGAAAUUUUCGGGUGAUGUUAACCUUAUCGACUAGAAUCCAGAUCAAAGAACUUGUAACUUUAGUUAAAUUGGAAGUAACAAUAGAGCUUAGCUGACCGUGGCAACAAUAGAGUUGCUCCUCGGAAGAUCGACAAUCUACUUUGAUGUCUAACGCUGCUUUCUGGUUUGAUGGUGCAGCAUGUUACUUGUCCUCGGAAGCCCAUCCAAUGGACCGGUAUGCAUUGUUGCCGUUCUUGUUGUUGUAUUAGUUGUAACCAAAAUGGUAUGUAUGUGACAAACUAAUGUUUGUAAUCUAAAAUAUUAUCUCAAGUUGUUUUCUUGGGUUUAUUUUCUAAA